CGACGCCCAAGAUGGAGGCAAAUACUGCCUCCUCCGCCGUGCCCACCUCCCCAGCCACCCAGAUUAAGAACCGUCGCAAGCGUUACCUGGACAUGCACCCAGAGUACUUUUCUGCUGAUCUCGAGCUAGCUGACCCCUUGCUCUAUGACCGUUUGAUCCGCCGUUUCCAGACUCCCGCAGAACGAGAAGCCGAAGGACGCGCCAAGGGAUUCUCCGGUGUCCUCCAGGCGGACCUGUGCCGUUCCGAAGCGAAGUUCGAGGCGUUAAACCACCCGGACCCCCACGCCAUGUUCAGCUACACCCGGGGUCCGAACGGGGAGAUCCUCGCCGAAGACCGAGAUGAGAUCCCGCCCAGCAAGGAGGAAGGCGAGAAGCUGUGGCAGUGGGAGAUGACCAUGCGGUUUCUUCGGGGCGAGGAUACGGACUUCGACUACGCCACCGUCGAUCACAAUGAUGAAUAUGAUGAUUGGAACGAGGCGCAGGAACAGUACUUUGACGACGAGGAGCCGGAAUGGAUUGUCGAGGGCGAGGGCCAGGGCAGUGGGGAUGUCAGGUCUCGGCUUCAAGGUGAGACGGGCAUUCAGGACUUCUGAUUCCGGUUUGGCUUGAUUAUCUGUUCUGCGGGGAUAUGGAUACGCCGCGGUUCGGGGCACUCUCGGCUCGUCCCGAGUGUUUACUCGUACUUUGACCUACGAUCUUCUCGUGCUUUCAGCCCCCGCCCCUCUGAGCUACGACUUGCUCUUCGCGGCGCAGUUCUAUGACUGGAUCUCCGUUCUUGCACACUACAGUUUCUAGGGAAAUUGACAUACUGGCGAUCGAUAUUCGCCAGAACGACUUUUGCGAGGCCUGUCAAGACCGACAGGGAUAGGAAGCAUGCGUCAUUGAAUAGCAGACCACCACGUCAUGGCUGGGGAUGAAUGUCCCUCGGCCGGCAGACGACCGAGACCAGUCCGCAAUGUCACUGAAGGGGAUAGAAGAGAUUAGGGCUGGGGAUCACUUCCACGGCUCGCUAAGAAAUGGCUUUGGUGGAGGGGUCGAUUGUCGCCUCUCCCCUGUACUUGGUGCACUAGAGCUUGGAUCUCUCUUCCGCAG